AUGACCUCGAUGCUUCAUCUUUUCAUAUCAUUCGUCAUAAUUCCUCUUACUUAUGUGCAGUCUAUGAAUGUAUUCUACGUUAGUUAUCGGCAUGCUCUCAAGUUUUGUGAUUUGGUGAUGUGUGGAACUGUACCGAAUGAAUCCAUCUCGUCUCAUGUCCUCAACACCGUGACUGGGGAACCUGCGGAAGAUCUAGCGAUUUCGGCUUACAUUCAAGAAGGCAUGGGUUGGAAGGUGAUUGGAGAGACACGCACCGGAAAAGAUGGGCGUGUCCCGUGGGUGUCACCGAAUUUCACACUCCGCAAGGGCACUUAUAAGAUAUUAUUUGAAGUGGAGGACUACUUCAAAAGAAGAAACAUGGACAGCUUCUAUCCCUACGUGGAGGUGGUUUUCAAAGUAGACGACCCAUCACGACAUUACCAUAUUCCACUCACACUGAGCCCUUAUUCAUAUUCAACCUACAGAGGAUCCUGA